AUGAGGUCUGCCUGCGCUAGGGAACGUGUUGAUGUCAAUGGAGAGUCCGGUCUGCAAACCUUGUUCACGACGGAAUGGCCGGUGCGAGUACAUGCGCAUGAAAUUAUAUGGGAGGUAGAUAAUGCAAUCACCGCCGCAUUACAUUUGGGCAAACUCCCGCCAAUCCGGGACCGUGUUGGAAGCAUGCAGUCCACAUCAACUUCCCCGACUGGGCGAGGCCAGCUCGCGGCAUAUAGAAUGGUCGCGCUCCUCCACCAGUAUCCUACGAUCUCACAGAGCUCGUGUUCCAAGACAUUCGCCCCGACCAUGGAUGCCCAAGAAGCAAAAGAAAAGGGAAAUGCUGCAUUCCAACACGAGAACUACUUCGAGGCACUCGAGCACUACGCCGAAGCGAUGCAGUCAGAUCCGACCAACCAUAUAUACCCUCUGAAUAGAUCAAUGGCGAACCUGAAGCUCAAGAGGUGGUCUGAAGCAGAGGCUGACGCCACUGCUGCUUUGCAGCUGUCGCCAGUGACGGUUAAGGCAUACUUCAGGAGAAGCGUUGCACGCAGAGAACAGGCCAAAUUUGAAGGUGCGCGCCGAGAUAUCCAAGACUAUAUGGAUGCCGGUGGUGACUCGAAAUGCGCGGAUAAAGAACUUGUCAAGAUCUCCGCAGCCGAAUCAGCUAGAACAAAUGAAUCUACAGCGGGCCUUCAGAAUAUGGCAGAGCUUUCGCUUGCAUCCGUCGCUGAUCUCAAUGCGAAUCUUCCUGGUGGAUUCACAUUGAGGCCAGUCAAUGGAAAGGGACUGGGUGCCUUUGCAUCGCGGCCAUUCCGUCGAGGCGAUCUUGUUCUUACCGAUCCUCCUCUCUACAUCGUCGAGAACCCGGACAAUGGUGGAAGAAUCCACCAGGGCAAGGUGAUCACAGCAGUCAAGCGCCUCUCUGCAGCCGACAAGCAGGUGUUUCUCUCGCUCAUGAAUGUGUAUGCCGACACGGGUCGCUUUCCGAACCCGAUCCUUGGCAUCCACGAUACAAAUGCGUUCCAAGUGGGGGGAUACGACAGUGCGUUGUGCAUCGUCGCAUCCAGAUUCAACCAUUCAUGCUCUCCGAACGCACGAUACUCGUGGCAUGCGGCCAGUGGUCGGUUGCGGAUAUACGCCUUACGCGACAUAGCGGUUGGCGGGGAGCUUCUGGUCUCGUACAUCAGUUCGAGACGCGUGUACGGGAGCGUUUUCAGGGAACGACAACAACGGUUGUCGAUGUCGCACGGCUUCACCUGCUCCUGUGCCACUUGUACUCUUCCGAAGAAAGACAGGCUCUCCAGCGACCAACGACGAAAGGAGCUCACACGCAUUUGGGAGUCCAUUCCGUAUUACAACCCUGGACAAACGGCAGACCGCCUGCGUGCGAUCGUCCGCGCUGUGCGUUUGUUGGACGAAGAAGGCUACGCUGCUGACGCGGACGACUUCACGAUCGAUGCUGCGGGAAUAUGCGCGUGUCACUCGGACUGGGCCUCUGUAGAAUAUUGGGCAAUGAAGACGUAUGAGACACGAGUCGCUGAGUUUGGAGAGGACAGCGAUCGUGCAGCAGAAGUCCGGUCAUUGUCCUCUGACCUCAGACGGCAUCCCGAUGCUGGUACGCAACGAAAACAGACGUUUUUGGUGCGCCUGUGA